AGUGAGGUAGAAGAAGAGGAGGAGGAGGAAGAAGAAGAAGUUGAGGACGAGGAAGUGAUUGCUGGUGUAGAAAGUGAAGUGGAUGAAGAUAACGUGGAAGACGAGCAAUCUGAGUUCACUUCUCUGCAAAAGAAAGUGUCGAACGAUGAUAAGGAUUCUGAAGCAAUAACAGAGGCAUCGAAAGCUGUUCUGGCAGCAAAGAAACGUCAAGAAGAAGAUAAUUACUUGCAGUAUGAGGCACGUCGGAAAGCAGAACGUGAAAAAGUAGAAGAAGAGCUUAGAAAUUUGCGUGAAAAACAGGAACGUCGUAGACGUGAACGUGAAAAGGAAGAACGGGAACUGGCAGAAAAAAUGCGAAUAGCAGAAGAAAAGCACCGUCAAGAAGAAGAAGAGAGCAAAGCCCGGAUGGAAGCUCAAAAACGCAAGCGUGAAGAAGAAAGACGCAAGAAACAAGCCAUUCUUGCUGGGUCUUUAGCUGGUAUCGUUUCGUUGGGUAGUGGUUUGCCGAACUUCGUUGUUAAUAUCGAAAAAUCUGAUCGAAAUGUAAAACUGAAUAAAUUAUAUAAAACAUCCAUUAAUAAAAACAAAAAAAAUGCUAAGAGUAAAGAGGAAGAGGAAAAAGCAAAACGAGCUUAUAUGGCUGCCAUAAGUGAAAGACCUGAUGUUUCCCAACUUUUAGUAAAUGACCUGAAAGCUAAGAUCAAACAAGUUCAUUCAUAUAUUUGCGAGCUGGAAGCUCUUAAAUAUGACCUCGAAAAGCGUCACGACCGACAACUUUACGACUUGAAGGAGUUGCAUGAACGUGAAAAACAAGUUGCUCGACACCGAGCACUUCAACGAGGACUUGACCCAAAUGAAGCUGUGGCUUCACCUCAUCCUAUUCAUUCUUUACCAAAGAUUAAUGUGGCAUCGAAAUUCGAGCGACAAUUCGAUCGGAGAUCAUAUAGUGAUCGUCGAACUGUCUUUGAAAAACCUGCUGCAAAGCCAUUACCAAUCGUGCACGGCACAGCACGUCCACCUCCAGAAUGGGGACGCACAGAAAAUGAAGAAUUGGAACAACUUCGAAAAAUCCUUGAACCACAUAAAUACAUAGAACAAGUGAAGCUAGCCUCUGUUGUACCACCUAUUCCACCAAUUCCUCUAUCAAUACCCGACGUGGAGUGAAG